AUGGCGUCUACCGGCCGCGCCUCGAAAUCAAUAAGCAAUGGACUCUCAGCUGUGAGAAGCCGAUUUGUUUGUCGAACCUGCAAACAUCAACUUUUGCAACGCGAAGCACAGCAGACUCGACAAUCCUCAAGCCUGCCUUCAAGAGACCCCAUUCGUCGCGCCACAAGCCUCAUUAAUGAACAGCGCCGCCACGUCUCCUUCAAUUCUCUCCUCAGCCGCUCUCCGCCUUCCGAACAGCAGUCGCAGCUUGAAGAGGCCGAGGGCGCCGGGCCGGUCGAGGAGUAUGUCGAAGCCACCACCUGGGAUGGUCUGGAACAUUUGGGCCAUCAGGGACAUUGGAGAGAUCUUCCCGCUGAUCCCAAGGACGACUAUGAACCCUGGCUCGACCCAACCACCGCAGCACCUCUCCAGCGCGACGAAUUCCUUUCAUUUCUCUACAUUUCCAUUGUCGAAUGUCUCGCAUACAGGCACCUUGGCAAGGAUCCGACGAUUCUUUUUGAGCAAGGUCCGCCCGACUUCCAUGGUGAUAUGACUUCUCUGAAGAUCAAGCUGUCGAGCUCUGGAACGGUGUCACAUCUGGAGGAUCCGUGUGGUGUCUUACAGAAAGCCCGCGAAGCGCCGCGGCCAGAGUCACAGAGACACGAAGAGAUUGAACUUUCCAUUCCCGAGGUCGAAGAACAGCUCGCUGAUGCAAAAUUUGACUUCAGCGAUCCUCUCACAUUUUCUAUAGUCAAGCGCUUCUCCCAGCUCACCUCCCACCGGGUGCCCGACCCCCUCCUUAACACCGUCUUGCGCGGCAGCAAACCCCUAACCACCUUUGUCGAUUUGCUCACUCAAACCGCAAAGCCCAAGCCCAAGAGAUUCGCAGAACUGUUGCUUUCCAAGCAGAAAAAGGCACAAGACUUUGCAGCACGGGAGAAACUCUGCGCCGAGGCUGAGGGGACACCAUUUUCAGAUCAAGCAGGGGAAGCGAUCUCUGGACAGUCAAAAAUUCCAACCCAGAAAAAAGCGAAGAAGCAGAGGCAGAAAUUCCAGCCCCUCGGCCCCAAUGUGAUGAUUUUCCCUCGCCGUGAAACGCAGGUUGAUCGCGAAAUGGAGGGCGGCCGAUGGAAGGUCAUCAAGCGUGAGCUCGAGAAUCGGGGUCUGCCGGUGUAUCCGCUUCCGAAGCUGGUACCCGAGGGUGAAGAAUGGAGGAAGGAAGCAACGUCAGAGGGAGUUGUGCAGAGGAACAUGUGA